AUGGCUGUUGACUCCGAUGCUCAGCUUGGGAGCAACUCUUCUCCAACAGUGUGGAAAGCUUCGGCCAAAACUAACGGCGAAACCGUAUUUUCAAGCGUACAAAACGGUGAGAAUUCGGAAACGGAGCUUCCUACCAGUAUAGAUGGCAACAUAGUCAAUGGCACAGAUGCAUCUGGCAGCCACGAAACGAAACUCGGACAACCCUCGCGCUUUAAUACUGUUGGGUCCUAUCCAGAAUCGGACCUGAAGCUUGAGGAUCGUUUCAUUGACGACUUUCGGCCACUGCGUGUGGCAGUGAUUGGUGCUGGGCUUUCAGGCAUCUUAUCCGGGAUUUUACUGCCUGCGAAGUUACCUAAUGUGCAGUUGACAAUCUUUGAGAAGAAUAAAGAUGUGGGCGGAACUUGGCUUGAAAACAUCUAUCCAGGGGUGCGAUGCGAUAUUCCAUCUCAUGUCUACCAGACGACCUUCUCCCCAAACCUGCAAUGGUCCGAGCAAUUUGCUGCAGGAGCCGAAAUUCUGAAGUACUGGAAGGACUUGACCACGAAGUACGACGUCGCCCGGUUCCUACGCAUCGGUACCUAUGUGGAGACCGCGCAAUGGGACGAUGCACAGUCAACCUGGGCUCUCACGUUGCAGGACGUAGACUCGAAGCACACUUCUGUAGAAAACUUCGAUUUCGUGAUAACGGCGAUUGGGCGCUUCAACGAGUGGAAGCUACCUGAGUAUCCAGGCAUCAAGGAUUACAAAGGUCACCUGCGACACAGCUCCAAUUGGGACCCAAGCUAUGAUCCCACCGGCAAGACGGUCGCAGUUAUCGGCAAUGGCGCCAGUGGUAUUCAACUGGUUCCAGAACUCCAGAAAGUCGUGAAACAUCUGGACCACUAUGCGCGGAACAAGACGUGGAUCGCUGCUGGAUGGGGCGGCCGCGAACGCCAGGCCGGGCCAGAGUACAUUUCCAAGGAGCAGAUUGAUUCCUUUACCGACCCGGACACCUAUCUUGCUUUUCGUAAGGAUGCUGAAGACCGGUAUUGGAGGGGUGCCAACGCCAUGAAAGCGGGGACCAAAGAUAAUUCCAGCUACCGAGAGAGAUUCACUGAAAUUAUGCACCGGCGAAUGGCGAAGAAGCCUGGUUUGGCAGAGAAUAUGAUACCCGACUUCUCUCCGCAUUGCAGGAGACUGACGCCAGGCCCUGGAUACCUGGAAGCGCUCACAGAGGAAAACGUGGAAUACAUACAGACUCCCAUCUCCAGAUUCACCGCCACGGGAAUCGAGACUGCGGAUGGCACUCACCGUGAAGUGGAUGCCGUAUUCUGCGCGACUGGCCAUAAUAUAGAUUUUGCGCCUCCGUUUUCGAUCCGUGCACGCGGAGUGGAUCUCAAGACAGCCUGGAAACAUGACGGGGAGAUCGGCUUCCCCAAGACCUAUCUGGGAAUGGCGAGCUCUGGAUUCCCCAACCUGCUCUUCCUUGGUACCGUGCACACCAAUGGUAUUGCCGGCACCUUUGUGCAUAGUAUCGAGUCCCAAAUCACGUAUUACGCCAAAAUUCUUCGGAAGGUGUCUAGCGAAGGUAUAAAGACCAUCAUGCCGUCUGCAAGGGCUGUAGAAGACUUCAUAUCCUACGCUGACGCGUACUUUCCAACGACCGUCAUGACUGAGAACUGCAGCUCCUGGGCAAACGGUGGACGCCCCGGUGCGCGAAUACACGGCGCUUGGCCCGGCAGUGCGUCGCACCUAGCAUUUAUUCGUCGCAAUCCCCGAUGGGAGGAUUUUGAGUAUGAGUAUACUUCGGACAGUGGGAAUAGGUUUGCCUACUUUGGGAAUGGCCGGACAAUCAGGGAAGGAGAUCACAACUUUGAUAUCACAUCUUAUCUAAAGAAAAAUCCGGCUGAGACAGAUCUCCGUGAUAUACACGAGAGUUGGCAUGGUUGGCCGUAG